GGAGUGCUGCAAUCGGCACAUGGCGGCGAAGUGUGUGAAUUUUGUAGACUUCUUGCAAUCGGUGUUGUUUGUGCCGUCUUUCGCGCCUCUGCUAAAACAAUUUGUGUAGCAUAGUGUUUGAGCCGUGUACCAAACUUGACCUGAACUCUUGUUCUUAUCCGGAUUAUAUUAAUAUCGAGGUAGAUUCACAAGAACAAGUGACAAUGGCUGGGAUAAGUGAAGAGCGCCGAAAGGAGAUGGAAGAAGAGAUGAGCCGGUUUGAGCAAGAGAUAUUGAUGCCGGAGCCCAGGAUGCCUGUUGGAUCAUCGGCACACACGGCUGCCCCGCGAAUACCGAUGGGAGCGGCCAUACAAAUGCCUGGUCCCAGGCUGCAGAUGAGGCCGCCGCUUCAGCCACCGCCUCUGCCUCCUCAUGCUCCGCCGAUGCCAACCGGACCGGCGCCCCACAUGCAGUUCAUCCCACACCAGCUCCGCCACCUGAGGCCUCCGCCUCCCAGGGGCUCCGCCCCUCCCCCACCAUUCGUGGGAGGGCCCCUUAUUCCUCCUCCUCCCCCUCCCACCUUCCUGACCUCCCUCUCCGCCACAGCCCGCUCCGAUCCCCCUCCCCAACCUACCCUCACCCAACAGUCCGAUCCCCCUGCCUCCGCCAACGUCAUUGUGGCUGCACCGACAGUCUACUCGGCGCCUCCGUUCAAGAAGGCUCCGGCCGGGGCUUCCAUGCUGCCUGCCGUAGCAGCUCCCCUUCCGGUCGUGCCUGUCGCCCCAGUCGUGGCCGUGCCGGCCAUGAUGCCGCCUACGACGGAAAAGGCCGAUGCCUCAAGAGAGUCCAAGUCCAAGUCAAAGCAAUUGUCCCACCACAAGGGCGCGGAGAAGCAGAAGCCGUCGGACAAGUCCAGGAACUCGGACAAGUCGGCUAGCGGUGGCGACAAGUCUGCGGCGGCCUCAUCGCUCUCGUCGGAGGAUGGGAGCGGCGUCAAGAAGCGCAAGAAGGAGAAGAGACUGGUGAGGACGGCUGGCCAGCAGGUGUGGGAAGACAGCUCGCUCCACGAAUGGGACGCAGAUGACUUCCGCAUCUUCUGUGGUGACCUGGGCAACGACGUAACGGACGAGGUCUUGAUUAGGGUAUUCGGCAAGUUUCCGUCGUUCCUCAAGGCCAAGGUGGUACGGGACAAGCGGACCAACAAAAGCAAGGGCUUCGGUUUUGCCAGCUUCAAAGACCCACAGGACUUCAUCAAGGCAAUGCGGGAAAUCAACGGAAAGUACGUGGGCAGCCGUCCCAUCAAGCUUCGCAAGAGCACCUGGCGAGACCGUAACCUGGAUGUGGUCCGGAAGAAGACCAAGGAGAAGGAGCGGCUGGGACUACUUUGAGUGCGGUGCCCUCCCAUCGCCCGGGACCGUCAUGCUGGCGCCGUCGACCGAUCCCCGGUGCAGGUCACUGGACAAGUCAUCAUCAACUGGUUGGAGUCAUCUCAAGUAUACAUUGAAUCACCGUUUUCAUCUGAAUAAAAAUGAUUCCUUUGUUCCAGCUCUUGGAA